GAGACGGGCUGUGACGGUACACUCAAGUACACAGUAUAACAAACACUCUUGAGAAUUGUCGCUGUUGGCAGGAGAGGAUUCCAUGCCUAUCACAUUCUUUCUUCCGAUCAAAUCAUUAAAGCUCGAUGCAAACCAAACCCUGAGUCGGACCCCAAUCUCGGACGUGAAGCCACCUGUCUGAUCGGAACCAUCUGCCAGUCAGUCCCAGCCAUGCCAUGGAUCAGGAUCAUUCGACGAGGCGGCCACCCGGCGCGUACCACCACGCACCGGGGCUAUCCCCACAUCCAUUCAGGAACCACCCGCACUAAACCGACGCCGUCAGUCUAGACCUUGCGGUGGUCCGAACCUUGACGGAAUUAUGCCCUUUGCAGAAGAGGCUGGCGUGCGAGGCGGGAAUUACGAUGGGCGCUGUACCACCGUGAUCGGCAGUUGCUCCUGGCCACUCCGGCCUCUCUCGCCUCGACGCUGUACGACGUGCCUGAAAAUUGAGGAUGGCUUCAACUUCGACAUUAAGCAUCAAACCCCGGGUUUGGGAUCAUUGGAAUUCCGAGGUGUCUGGUCCCUGAGUGAAUCCCAUCCCACCUCCCACCUCCCUUCCAGGCCACGUAUCUACCUACCGACUGCUGCUUAAAUCCGAGGGACGGACUGGGUAUUUUCUCAACCGCUUCGCCAAUGGUGCGUCUUUGUUCCUGAGGUAGCACAAUGAAUGUGGGCUUCUGACCCCGAAUGCUACUGCC